CAACAACAACAACAACAACAACAACAACAACAACAACAACAACAACAACAACAACAACAACAACAACAACAACAACAACAACAACAACAACAACAACAACAACAACAACAACAACAACAACAACAACAACAACAACAACAACAACAACAACAACAACAACAACAACAACAACAACAACAACAACAACAACAACAACAACAACAACAACAACAACAACAACAACAACAACAACAACAACAACAACAACAACAACAACAACAACAACAACAACAACAACAACAACAACAACAACAACAACAACAACAACAACAACAACAACAACAACAACAACAACAACAACAACAACAACAACAGCAACAACAACAACAACAACAACAACAACAACAACAACAACAACAACAACAACAACAACAACAACAACAACAACAACAACAACAACAACAACAACAACAACAACAACAACAUGAGGAACGGAUUGACACGUUGGCAACCAACGAGAUGCUCCUGUGA